CACAGCUGAUACUUCUUCCCUGAAUCAAUCAAAACAGUGAAGAAGAGGGAGGACUAAAAACUUCCUAAUCAGGCCAUCAACCAAUUUAUUUACACUUUCUUUCAGAAUUAAGUUAAGUAUGUUAAGGCACAUCUAGUAGAGUAAAAGUGGACAAAAAAAUAAAAAAGAUUACUUGCCUCCCUUCCUGAACUAUUCCGUGAUUCUUUGCCUUUCUAUCAAUCUUCCUUACUUUAAACUGAUAUUCUAAGUGAUUUUCUUCCUUCCUUCAAGCUUCCAUAAAACAUACUCAAGUUCUUCUCCUGUGUACUUGUUGUAUUAAGCUCUUGCUGUCACUUGUCCUUUAUCUUCUUUUUUUUUCGGUUUUCAAUUAUCUAAAUUCAUGUCCCAAUAUGAUGAGACCAACCCACAUUUCUGGCCAACACAGCCAUCAGAUUUUGCAGCACCACCACUUAUUCGUCCAGAACCAAGGCAGCAUUGGGAUGGAAAUCUUUACCGUCCAGAUCAAGAUCAACGCCGUGAUCCGAUUCAAGUGAGGACUCGGCAGCGACAGCAGCCACAACCUCAUUUACAGCAACCAGGGUCUUCUGUACACCCUCCAAAUUCGCCAUUUGAACAUGGCCAUCAACGACCCUCGACUCCACCUAGGCAUCAUCGGCCCUCGACUCCACCAAGGCAUCAUCAGCCCUCAACUCCACCAAGGCAUCAUCAGCCCUCAACUCCACCAAGGCAUCAUCGGAGCUCGACUCCUCCAAAUCAACAAAGACCAGCAUCACAUCCCCACCCGGUUGAGGUGCCAGGUCAGACCAGACCAACAUCACAUUCCCAUCCUGUUGAGGCGCCAGCUCAGACCAGGCCCAAGGCCAAGCACCCAUCAUCUCGGCCCCAUGUGAGCUUUGAACAAGGUGCUGCUUCCUCAAAUUACCGGGAAAACUUGAUGUACCCAACACCAAAUCGGACCAAACCAGUUACAUGGUUUGGAGCAGUGUUCUGUGUGAUCCUAUGGCUUGUCAUUAUUCUCGGUGGCCUCCUGGUGCUCAUAAUAUACCUUGUGUAUCGCCCACGAACUCCACACUUUGAGAUAUCAACCGCCACCCUCAAUGCUGCCUACCUUGAUAUGGGCUACCUUCUCAACUCCGACAUCACAGUCCUCACCAACUUUACGAAUCCCAAUAAGAAGGUUAAUGUAGACUUCAGCUACGUGACCCUGCAAAUCUACUUUGACAAGCAUCUCAUUGCUACUCAUUACAUUGAGCCAUUCUCAAUUUACAAAACAGAAUCCAAGCUAGCCAAUGUAGAGUUCAUAACUAGUCAGGUUAGACUUCCUUUAAGAGUAACUCAACAACUCAUUACACAGGUACAGAGGAACAGGGUUACAUUUGAAGUUGAUGGGAGUUUUCAUGCAAGAUCAAAUUUUGGAAGCCUUUUGAGAUACUCUUAUUGGUUGUAUGGUCACUGUCAAAUUGAAGUUACAGGGCCUCCAAGUGGAGUUAUGUUAACCAGCCAUUGUAAAACAAAGGACUGAAGAAAUACUAGGAAAAUACCAGAUGAUUUUUUAAAUUGUUAUUGUACAAUUUUUGGAUUUAUGAAUUAUAUGUAUUUUAUUCAACCAUUUAUAAAACACUCAGUUGGUGGGAAGGUCCAGAAUUUCUGCUCUGUGAUCCCCUGUACUCAACAUGAUUUUAUCUUCUGUCAUUGCCAAACUUUCAAUUCUUUCUGAAAAAUUAUGCUUAACUAAUUCAUACACUUCUACUAGAGAUGAUGGGUAGCACAAGACUAUCCAAAAUAUUGCGAGAAAAUUAGUGGAAACUAGAACAUUGG